ACGCACUUUACCCCAUUACUCAAGAAAAAAGAAUUUGCUCAGUCGGCGUGUCGAAAACAAAAUACCUUUCGGGCAAUCAUACAUAUUGCUUUUAUAAAUAUACAAAGUCAGAAGAAGGGGCAACAUUUUUAUAUUAGAAACUUUUUUACGCAUGAAAUUUGAAAUAGUAACGAACUUUGUUAUAUUAUGACACUAGAUAUGAGUACGAACGGUAUAGGAAAUCACAAUAUCAGAGAACCAGAAGCUUGCAAACUUUUUAUAGGGCAAGUUCCUCGAAAUUGGACAGAGAAGGAACUUCGACCAAUAUUUGAACCAUAUGGCGAAAUACAUGACUUAGUAAUAUUACAUGAUAAAUAUACAGGACAACAUAAAGGAUGUGCAUUCCUGACAUAUUACCUAAAAGUUGCAGCUACAAUGGCUCAAAAAGAAUUACAUGAAAAAAAGACACUUCCAGGGUGUAAUCACCCACUUCAGGUAAAACCCGCUGAAUCUGAAACAAAAACUGAAGAUAGAAAACUAUUUAUUGGUAUGCUUUCAAAGAAAAUGAGCGAGGACGAUUUAAGAGUAAUGUUUUCUCCAUAUGGUACAAUUGAAGAAUUAACUGUCCUUAGAAAUGCUGAUGGUACUAGCAGGGGAUGUGCCUUCGUCAAGUAUUCAAACAGACUCCAAGCACAAAAUUGUAUUAAGCAUAUGCACAAUUCACAGACUAUGGAGGGAUGCUCUUCUCCAGUUGUUGUUAAAGUUGCAGAUACAGAAAAGGAUAAGUUACAAAAACGCAUGCAAGCCAUGGCAACAAACCUUGUUGGUCUAGGCAUGACAAUGGGACAGUUUGGUAUGCCUGGUACAAUUGCACCAGCGGGGAUAGGCUCUUCCACUGCAAAUUUACAACAGAUGCAACACAAUGCAUACUAUCAACAGUUGCUGUCUCAAAUGGCAAUGCCUGGUGCAGGACUUACUGGGUUAGCCAGUGGAAAUCAUGCUAUGAACUCAGCUGCUGUUCCUGGUUCAAUGGGUGCAAUUGUGGCUGCAAUGGCUACCCAGCAGCAACAACAUUCUCAAAUGCAGCAAGCUCAAAGUUUACAAACUCCACAACACCAAAUGCAGCAAGCCAAUUCAUCACUGUUUUCUUCAACUGGAAGUGUUGCACAACAAUUACCUAACAGUUACUCUACAAUUCAAACUAUGGCUGGUGCUGGUUUGAACAGUGGGCUGAAUAACAUGUCAUCUUUAGCAGGUGUGACUUCUCUUAAUCAAAGUGCUGCUAUGGCUAAUCCAGCCACAGCUGUUUCAAUGGCUGGAAUGCCUGGUAUGCCAGCAGACGCUUUCCAGCAAGCAUACUCGGGUAUCCAGCAGUAUGUGGCUUCAUUUCCACAAGCAUAUAAUGGGCUUCCAAGACAAGUUGCAAUACAACCCCAAAAAGAAGGACCUGAUGGGGCUAAUCUGUUUAUUUAUCACUUGCCGCCAGAGUUCACAGAUGCCGACUUAAUGCAGACAUUCAUGCCAUUUGGAAAUGUAAUCAGUGCAAAAGUAUUUAUUGACAAACCAACUCUUCUUAGUAAAUGUUUUGGUUUUGUGAGCUACGACAAUCCUCUCAGUGCUAACUCUGCCAUUGCAGCUAUGCAUGGUUUCAGUAUUGGAUCGAAACGACUAAAAGUCCAAUUAAAACGGCCGAAAGACCAGAGUAAGCCCUAUUAAGGGAGUUUUUUUUAUUUGGGUAAGCACUAGUGACGCUGGAAGCCGCUUGUGAAUUACUUGUAUUAAGAUGUAGUGCAUGUCAUGAUGGGUUAUGUUCAAUGUUUCUCAUCUUGUGUUUUCUGCUCAGUCACGUUCGUGUACAUGUCAGUAAGUCGCUAUGUCUUGUUAUCCUGUAUGUUCCUCAAGUGUGAAUUAGCUUUUGGUGUCUGCUUCAUAUGUCAUGUAUUAGUUCCUUGUUUGUUUGUUUUUUAAUUUCAUAUUUCGUUCUGAUAAUUUGCAGAAUUGUUUUUUCAUUCUGUUCUAUCAAAAAUUUUUUUGGCAUUAAACAUUUAUUAUCUAGUAUUAUGAUUCUCUCACUUGAACUUGUUGAAAUUUUGGGAAACUUCAUCAAGUGUAUUUGCACAUAAAAUUCCAGUAGAAUAAAAUCUAUGCUAGAUGGUGUUUUAGUGUGUUUGGUCCAUUUUUUUUUAUAUAUAACUGUCCGCAAAAUUUUUUUCUUUUUGCUGUUUGUUGUUAUGAUGAGAAAUUGUUUAGAAAGUUAGUUGUUACCCUUGAAAAGUUGUUAAAUGUGUCUUUAUGUGUGGUUUGUCGUCAAUUCACAGUGGAUGAUAAUAUUUAACAAAUAAUAUAUUUUUAUUGGACUUCUACCAUUUUGUAAAUAUCAAACAUAUUUAUUGAAAAUAGUGGCAGUGUUAAAUUUUUUAAUAUUUUUUGACCAGAUACCAAGGUAACGUCAUAAUGCGAAUGCGAAAUUUCUUCCAUUUUUUUCUACUAGAUUUCAUAAAGUCAUCUCUAGUGCGAUUUUUAUUACUUCGACAUCUUUUUAUACAUAUUGCUUAAAGUUCAUAGCGGUAGAGUUAAGCUAUGUCCUUUUUCGGAAUUGAGUUAUAAGAGACUUUAAUUAUAUUAAAAAUGUUUUAUAUAAAACAGAAUUUUCUACUUGAUGUUAAGUUAUUUGAUAUACAAAGAGAUAUUUAUUUUUAAGCAUGAUAUGUUCAGAUGUUAUCCGGAAGAACAUACAGGAUAACAAGGUAAAAAUUGGACAUGUACACAACACAUUGAAACUAAAUAGCAAAGUUGACAAUAAUUAUCAACUUUUGCUACACAUCCUUCCAUAAAUAAAUUCACGAUAUUUUUUCUCUUUUUUUUUUAACUAACUAUUGGCAUGACUGCGUUCAUGUUGAGGUAAUUCCAUAUGUCAUUAUAUUUUGUUGAUGUAGUGUUCCUUAAAUGCAACAAACAUUUUUGUUUGGUUUGUUUGUGCUUAUUUUUACAUGUGCCCUUUGCUGACCACAAAACUCAUGCAACGUUUAAGUCUACUUCAAAAAAAUCUUGUUAUAAAGGGUCGCAAAAUAUGCAGUUGUUAUUGUUCACACAUCGUACAUACAAGAUUCCUUAAACGUUACGAUUAUGUUGGUCAACAAAACUGUAAUGUGUAUUUUGUUUAUAAAACAAAAUAUCUGAGUGUGUGGCUAGUAUUGUUUGCUUAUAUAUUUAGUAAGUGUUUUUCCUGCUAAAGUAUUGAACAUUUAUUUCGUUUGUAUUAAUUUAACAGUUAGCGAACUACGUCUUUUUCCUUCAGUGACAGUAUAUUACUAGCUAGUGAGAAUAUCAUUGUUGGUAGAAGUACGUAGACGUUAAAUAUUUUUGAUUGUGAGCAGAAUAUACUUUUUCACCGAGUGGCACACCAAACGGAAAUUUAAAAUUUUCUUGUUUUAUCGGUGGACAAAGUACAUCUGUGAUUUAUAUUGUUGUUAUUAGGGAAUAUAUUUGUUUGUUUUAACGGAGUGCAGUAUUAUUUUAAGUUUGUUUGGUGAACCUGAUUGAAACAUGAUGUUAAAUGACUAUAAUAGGUAUUUUAUGAUUAGUCGUUCAAACUGAAAUUUCGUUUAUUGUGGUUUACAAGUGUUUUAUAUACUUGGUUAUUUUUGAGGAGACUUCAGUUACCGUGAUUUUAUUAUCAUGUUUGUUGGAUGUUAGUUUAUAUAAAUCCAGUCUUGUUUGUUCAUAAAGUUUUCCUCAUUUUUUAUUUGCCCAGUGUUUUCGUGUAGUCGAUGUGUUAGAUGUCUCGAAAAUUAAAACGAGUCCAUGUUCUACUUUAUAUCUGUGAAAGCUCCAAUCGAACAGCAGCUAUUUUUUACCUUUUUCGAAACAGCUGGGUUUUAUAAAGGAAAGAUUGUAGUGUAACAAUAGUCUAAGAGAAACACUUUAAACA